AAUAACUUUUUCAAGAUGCUGAGCCCUGAAUUCAGAAGAGGGAAGUUGUUGUUGUUGUUUUUUUCCAGUGCCAAAGAAAGGCUGGAUGGAGCUGGCAUGAUUUCCAGAGAAUCCGGCCCCGGAACGCCGAUGAAUUCCUAACUGUGGAAAUCCUCGUUCUGGGUUUUCCAAAGGGGCUGCGUUUCCACAAUGACGUUCGCCGAGCUUCUGGAUCAGAUCGGCGGCAUGGGCCGCUUCCAGAUCCUCCAAGUCACCUUGCUGGUGAUCCCGAUUUUAUUAACUGCCAGCCAUAACCUGCUCCAGAAUUUUUCAGCCGGGAUACCUGAUCACUACUGCCGGGUCAGGCUAAGGCACAACGGCACCAAUACCCCUACCAACCGGACUCAAAUGCCAACCGGGGAGGAAGACCCUCUCUGGGGGAUUCCCAAAGAUGCCAGCGGGCAACCGGAGAAAUGCCUCCGCUUUGCAGCCGCCGAGUGGCCGCCGCUCAAUGCCAGCGCCGGAGUUGGUGGCAACGGCACAGGGACGGCGACCGAACCGUGCAAGGAUGGAUGGGUUUACGACCGAAGCAUCUUCACUAACACCAUCAUUAUGGAGUGGGACCUGGUUUGCAACCGGAAGACGCGGAGACAGAUGGCUCAGUCCAUUUACAUGGGCGGCGUCCUCGCUGGUGCUCUUAUACUUGGGAGCUUAGCAGACAGGUUCGGCCGCAAAGCGAUCUUGACUUGGUCCUACCUCCAGCUGGCCAUUUCGGGGGUCUGCACGGCUUUUGCCCCCAAUUACGCAGCCUACUGUGCCUUCCGGUUCCUGGUUGGCAUGGCGCUCUCUGGCAUUGUCCUCAACUGCAUGUCUUUAGUCCUGGAAUGGGUGCCCACCAACAUUCGUACCGUUGCUGGCACACUGGUGGGGUAUUCUGCCACCUUUGGGCAAAUCGUCCUUCCUGGUUUGGCUUACGCGCUUCCAGAUUGGCGCCAGCUUCAAUUCACGGCAUCCAUGCCGUUCUUCAUUUUCUUCAUAUACUCGUGGUGGUUUGCAGAAUCCGCCCGGUGGCUGGUGCUGUCCGGCAAAGCCGACCAGGCGGUCGACGUCUUGAAGAAAGUGGCUCAGCUGAACGGGAAGAAAGACGAAGGAGAGAAACUCAACACCGAGGUCUUGAAAUCCAGCAUGCAGAAGGAAAUGACUUUGGCCCAGUCGUCUUACACCUUUGCCUCCUUGGCCCGGACACCUACAGUACGCCGGAUCUCCUGCUGUAUUUCCAGCGUGUGGUUUGCAACCAGUUUCGCUUACUACGGCCUGGCGAUGGACCUCCAACAUUUCGGCUUCAGCAUCUACCUCAUCCAGGUGGCCUUUGGUACCAUUGAUAUCCCUGCCAAGCUGGGCUCAGCCAUCGGCAUGAGUUACAUCGGAAGGAGGACCACGCAAGCUUCGUCCGUCAUCUUGGCUGGGCUGGCCAUUUUGGUCAAUAUCUUGGUGCCCUCAGAUUUACGGACCCUGAGAACGUUUUUGGCAGUGCUUGGCAAGGGGUGUCUCGCGUCUUCUUUCAACUGUCUGUAUCUGUACACUGGAGAACUGUACCCCACGGUGAUCAGACAAACCGGGAUGGGGCUCGGAAGCACCCUGGCCCGCGUGGGUGGCAUUGUGGCACCCAUGAUCAAAAUGACGGGUGAACAUUGCUCCUAUCUUCCGUCGCUCAUCUACGGGACGGCCCCCAUCCUCUCUGGCAUUGCCGCCGUCUUUCUGCCCGAGACCCUCAACGUGCCGCUGCCCGAUACGAUAGACGAGGUGGAAGGGAGAAUAACGCCAGAGCGACAGUCCCUUACCGUUCCGAGCCAAGAACCAGUUUUGCUCCAGAAAUUGGACCAAGGGAGAACCCUGGAUGGUGAUAUUUGCUAAAGUGGGGGAAAACGAG